AUGUCUUAUGUGAAUGAGCAGCCGGAAGCCACUGCUCCACCAUCGGUCGACCGCUUUCGAGGGAUUAAGAGAUAUGGAAAGAAGUUUACGACCAGGGAUGGCUGGCUGGGCGACUAUGAUUUUGCAUGGCUUUGUUCGCCUGGCUUGCCGUGGGGCAAGCGCAAGGCCAGCCGUGCUCCCCAGUUUUACGCACUUGAUGCCGAUUUGCCUAUUCUCUUGGCUAUGACUUGCGGAUUUCAACACGCACUUGCUAUGCUUGCCGGACUGAUUACACCGCCCAUCAUUUUUUCUUCCGCAUUGAACCUCGAUGGGAGCACACAAGCUUACAUGCGCGUCAUUGAUCGGAUGUGGGAUUUUAUCCCUAGUUCAAAUGUCCCGGCUCCACAUCUGGCGCAAUUAUUACCUCGGGACUGGGUUGAUUACGGUCGUCGGAACGAGCUUUGCAACGCUUUCUACAGGAUUCUCGGCGAUCUCUACGCCAAUGGAACAUGUCCGACCACUACGGCCGCGGAUGGAACAGUCACCAGAGGACCUUGUCCAGAUGCUUAUGGGAUGUUACUUGGAACUUCACUGAUUUGUUCUUUCCUUGAAAUGGGCAUGGCUUUCGUUCCCCCGAAGAAACUCAAAAGAAUUUUCCCACCUAUCGUGACUGGAACAGUCAUUCUCCUAAUUGGUGCUUCCCUGAUCGGAGAGUCAGGUGUUCUCAACUGGGCAGGUGGCUCAAACGAUUGCCACCUCCGCCCGGAGACGGGAAUAUUCCGACUAUGUCCGACUAUCUUCGCCAAACGCCCUCUUCCAUGGGGCUCUCCCGAGUUUAUCGGUCUCGGAUUCUUAUCGUUCAUCACAAUUGUGCUCGUCGAACUGUUUGGGUCCCCGUUCUUGAAGAAUGCGAGCAUCAUUGUUGGUCUGUUGGUUGGGUGCAUUGUAGCGGGAGCUGCCGGGUACAUGGACUCAAGUGCUAUUGAUCGUGCGCCCGCGAUUACAUUCCUAUGGGUCAAGACGUUCAAAAUCCGGGUUUAUCCUCCUGCUAUUUUACCCAUGCUGGCGGUAUAUGUAUCCUUAGCUAUGGAAGCAAUCGGUGAUAUUACGGCCAGUGCUGAAGUCUCCCGCGUCGAGGUGGACGGAGAGGUGUUCGAUACUAGGAUUCAAGGUGGAGUUUUGGCUGACGGAAUCGGAGGCUUUGUGUCGGCGUUGUUUACUGUGACUCCAUUGUCUAUUUUUGCGCAGAACAACGGUGUGAUCGCUAUUACUCGGUGUGCCAACCGAACGGCCGGGCGAUGGUGCUGCGGAUUCUUGAUCUUUUUCGGGAUCAUUGGCAAAAUUUCUGGUGUUUUUCUGAGCAUUCCUAACUCUGUGCUUGGCGGUGUGACUACGUUUUUAUUCGCCUCGGUCAUGGUUUCUGGAAUCCGUGUGUUGGCGACUAUCAAAUGGCAACGCCGAGAUCGGUUCAUUCUCGCUGCGGCAUUCUCCUUUGGGCUUGGAGACUUGCUGGUUCCAGAGUGGUACACCCAUCUCUUUGACGGAGUAGAAGCAAAUUCUGGGCUACAAGGUCUAUUCGACUCUAUCACCAUCGUUCUCAGCACGCCCUUCUUGAUCGCCGGUGUAGUGGCCGUCAUCCUCAAUCUUAUCAUCCCGCCCGAGGUAGAAUCCUUAUCAAACGUAGUGGAACACGAUGUUGUAGUCGAAGCGCAACACGAUCGAGAAUCGAGCUCGAUUGAUGAGACUAAAAAGGAAAGGGGCGGAGAUGCGGGGCGCGUGACUCUUGAAUGA